UAUGGUGGCGAUCAGGUGAACAGACAAGGAAAAUGACAGAUAGAUGCUUAAACCAGAUGUUCCCAUGUCUCCAAUGAAGUUAGGUGCAUAAAACAAUUUUAAAAUUAUUUUCAGAUUUUCAUGCAUGCGUUGAUAACCAUAUCCAUCUUGCAUCAUGGACCAUUAAGUCUUUUAUAUUGAUUACUUUGCAUUUUUUCAUGCCUGAUCAGCCCAGUUAUUAUCAGUCCCAGCUGAGGUUAGCACACUCUGGUCCACAGCUUAUCAGGAAAGUUAUUGUUUCACAUGCUGCCACCUUAUCCUCACCCCUCAUCCUGCUUGUUACUGUGUGUGACUCUUAUCUGUCAGAGAAAUGUUUCUUAUCUCUGUCUUCACACAUCAGCUUCAAAAGCCAAUACACGUUAAAUCACGUAGGGGGUUGGGCAGCGUUGAUGGUGUCCUAUUAUUAAAAAGAGAACAAGGUUGAUUUGUAUCUGCACCUGAUGGAGCAAAGGUUCAUUUUCAUUGUCCAACAAAUUCCAAGUGAACUAGCUCUUUCUCCAUUUCUAUAUACAGUACAUAGCUGAAAUACAACCUACUGCUUUUUUUUCCCCAUUUGUGGAAAAUUCUAUUCCAUCACUUUACACAGUCAGAGGGUAUUAGUUGCUUUUUACCUGAGAAACCUCUAAAAUAUUCCAGUUUGUCCAAUAAGGUUUGAGAGGGAAGUGGUUGCUGUAAGAUAAUAGCAAAACAGGCCUUUUCCUCAGGACCUGGCCAGCCCCCGUCACUUUGUAACCAGCUGACCUCCAACUGGAGCAGCACAUCAGCUAAUUCCUGGCAGAAUCGAUGGGCCUAUGUUACACCUGGCAAACUCUCUAUCCGCUCGGAGACUGAAACAUAGCCCUGAACAAAAUGAGCACAGAUAGAGACGAGCAGAUUGUCAUUGAUACAUACUACACCACGGUCCACACUCUGGGUAGGCAUAAUGGAAGUGAGGGCAGACUGCUUCGCUACAUGCAGAAAGAUGGCCGGUUUCCGGUGGUUUUCCAGAAGGCCCCUGGAUCCUGGAGCCUGUACCUGAUGGAUUUCUUCACCACUCUUGUAGAGAUCCGCUGGAGGGUGAUGCUUCUCAUCUUUUCCCUCUCUUACAUCCUCUCUUGGAUCUUUUUUGGUCUUAUUUAUUGGCUUAUUGCAUAUGUGCAUGAAGAUGCUGACAAUGUAGGUAAUGAACCCUGUGUGCACAAUGCGAGGGGCUUUACUGGAACCUUUUUGUUCUCACUGGAGACCCAGUCAACUAUUGGCUAUGGCUUCAGGGGGAUGUCAGACAAGUGCAUCGUUGCCAUUAUUGUUGUGACAGUUCAAGAUUUAUUUAGCUGCAUCCUUGACACCAUUGUCAUCGGUAUUGUAGCUGCUAAAAUGGCAUCUGCUCGUAAGAGAGCUCAAACAGUGGGUUUUAGCAGCUGUGCAGUGGUCAACCUGCGAAACAGAGUUCUGUGUCUGUCAUGGCGCCUUGGAGACUUCAGAGGCAACCACAUCCUGGAGGGGGUCACCAAGGCCCAGUUAGUCCACUAUGUGAAAGGGCCACUGGGGUCUAUUGAGAUGUCCUACCAGGACUUGGAGCUCCAAAACCCAGACAUUGUCCUCGCCACACCAACCACUAUUAUUCACAAGCUGGAGCCUAGCAGCCCCCUGUACAGCCUGGGCCCUGACAGCCUGCUUAAGGACAACUUUGAACUGGUGGUGUCUUUCACCUAAACUGGAGACUCCACCGGUAUGCUCCACCAGACACGUGCCUCCUACACACCAGCAGACAUCCGCUGGGGUGAGCGCUUCCAGGACAUGUUGAAACUGGGCAAGAAGAGCUACAUGGUGGACUACGCUCUGUUCAGUGAAACCAUGUGGGUGCCAGUGCCCCUGCUCAGUGCACAGGACUAUGACAGAGGGAAAUGUCCUGAAGAGGCCAGUCAGCCCCACGGUCCACUCCUGUCAUCACUCAGGAGAAAUGGACACAUUUGCCAUGUGAAUACUGAAGUCACUGAAGAGAUACUGCAGCAAACAUAUCUGUGACUUAAACAACCAAAGAUUUAAAAUAUAACUUAUAGUGAGCUGUUCCCAUAAGGCUUCUUAAUAAAAUGGUAUAAGAUGUGCACUUGUAAAUAUAUUUACAUGUGGCUCAUAACUUAUAUUAUGCUUUAUAUGAACAAAAUGAAUCACAUUUAAAUAAAAACCAAGCCAUUUAAAAGUCAUCUCCUUGGAUACUUCAGAAGUUUUUAUUCUCACAUGAAAUAGGAAUAAUAUCUUCUGAGUCCUGAUGGCAGCUGAUUGAAGCUCUACACUGCCACCUUGUGUUCACUGACUACAAUCUAAACUAUUCCAGCAGUGAUCGUUUUAGAAAGCAGAAGCUUUCACACAACCCAAUGCAUGUGUUUCAUUUUUAGGCAAAAGAACAAACACUUAGUCUCGUGACAAGUACUGUACAUUUCUAAUUCUAGCAAAUUAAUUUCCGAAUUUGACUCAUUUCACAAAUUGAAUGAAGUUUUAUGGAAACUCUGGAGACAAAUUGACACUUCUUUCCAGUUUUUAACGUCACGUUUUCAGCGUCUCUUUGAGAAAAAGGGUUUUCAUCCCUUCUGUCUUCAGCUCCAACAGACAACAGAAGCCUCCAUGUGGGAUCAAACAGGCGCUGCAACUUUCCAUUGGCCGUCGCUGCGAGGGGGGCGGGGACAUGCGCACACAACUUUAAAGUCUGGCUGUCUACCCACAAAUACCUUCUUCUCUGUUGCUGGAGAGGGGUUAUGGCAGAAUUUAAAGCAACAGACGAGAAACGAAUAGAGCGCGAUAAAAGAUCCGCAAGGAUAAAAGAGAGGAAGUGCGCAUAUCUGGAGCAUAUGGGACUUAGUGCAAUAGGAAGACGUCACGUUUGCAAUGCACGGACCAACAGGUA